AGAGGAAAAGGGACUAGGUGGCAGUGUUGCAGCUCUUCGGGGUAAAAUCGGCGAAGGAUGUGACGUGUCUUCCGUCCUCUGUUGGUUCAAAAGUUUCAGCGCGCAGCAAUAGCUGAUUUUGUUUUGUGAAACCGGGUAUAAUGGAGUUUGACGAAAGCGUCAUAGUGAAACGAAUCGACAAUUUAAAGCUGAUUACAGCAGCAGAACCGGAACAUUUUAUGACUCUCCAUUGUCUGCAAUGUAACACGGUUCUGGCGGACUCUUUCGGCGUCUGUGGAGAACUGAAAUGCAUCGACUCCAUUAUGUGCAUACGAGUAACCAAUGAUGUGGUUGUGAGCGAUGCAAUGGAGUCAGUACACAAAGGGGAAAUGGCUAACUGCAUUUGCUCCCAUCUGAAAUGUCGUUUGUGCAACUGUGUCCUGGGGAAAGUUGUUUAUGCUGCUCCUUCACAUCUGGCUGCUAUUCGCUCCAUCUUUCUCCUGAACAAAGCAAAAAUGAGCUGUUACAUCCUUGACAGCAUCUCAAUGGUAAAAGCAUCUUCACUCUCAUUUGAUAUGAAGCCCCUUCAAGAAACUGUUCAUGAGGCGAGACAAGAGCUCGAAGAACGCCUGGAUCUGAUGGCUCCCACCUGUAGCCGACUGGCUGACAUGAGCUUGAGCAGUCAAAGCUCCACGUAGUGUCUUUAAGGUGUUUGGAUUCUGGGUUGUAUGUGUGAGAGCUGGGGUUUGUCAUUGAUGUCCUUGGAUUCAGCUUCUUCAAGCAUUACUGAUUUAUUUUUAAUGCUCCCAUGAACCCUUUCAUUAGUAGACAUCCUCUCCAAGCCACAAACAUCACAAGAGACUACAACUUCCUAACUUGAACCGCUUCUUGAACCCAUUAUUUAGCAACACCAAACCUGCAAAAGUACUUUACAGAUAUUUGUAAUUUGCUCAAGUGUAAACUAUCCCGUCAGCUCCAUGAGCAUUGUUGACUGAAAACCUUAUGUUUAUACAUGCACAGAUCGAAACUUUACAUUUUCUUUCAUUUAUAUCUAUUGUUGAUUCUUGUCACUUUCUGUUGGGCAUUCAGCUCAACAUGGUAAGAUGUUCUAUGUACUCUAUUUAAUUCUGAUAAUGUACCCUUUUUCUAUUGUAAAUGUUUUCAAUAGACUCAAGUUCUACUUCU